UUUCAAAUUCCGAUCUAAUACUGAAAAUGCCCAUCAGGGAACCUUGUUCCCUAGCCCAGUUGGACAGAUCAUGAGUUACAUGGAGGACUGUUUUGCCGGGGCCCCGCAGGAGUUCCUCAUCUGCAUUACCGUUCACAAGGCGGUACAAGUGGGCGUGGCCACCGGGGACCUGUACGUCCGGAUUAGUCUGGACAAGAUUACGAAGAGCACCAAGUCCUUUCCAAAUACAGAGAAUCCUUUCUUCAAUGAGUACUUUGUCUUUGAGUUCCACUGUACCUUAACCGAACUCCUGCGCCUGACGAUCCUUUUCGAGUUGAAGAAACACAUGACCUAUAAGAAAAAUGUGGUAAUUGGAGAGCUACUAGUAGAUCUACAUAGUGUGUGGAAUCAGCCCAAUCAUGGUUACUUCAAAAAAUGGGGUCGUUUGGAGGCACCCAUUGGAGAAAAUCAACCGCUGGAUGCUGCCACUGAACCACAUGGCUAUCUGCAACUCGAUUUGGCCAUCGUAUCCCAGCAUAGUCCUGUGUCCCUUGGUCUUAGAUCUGAAGACCAGGACACCCAAAAUCUUAAUAAAUGGUCGGUGGAUCAGGAUUAUGAUGAUAUUGAGAAAAAUCUCCUGACCAACGUCAACGCCUUUGCCCCAAGCAAUAUCCGCUACUUCGUCGCCUUCUAUCGGGGUUACUUCAUCAGGCAGAGUAACUACAUGAUUCAAGUAUCGUUUGCCGGCUUCAAUGGCAAAACCCCGGUGGCCAAGAGCACGACGACGCCAGUGUGGAACCAUGAGAUCAACUUCGCCUGGAUGUACCCUUCGGUGGCGCAGCGUUUCCUUAUCCUUAUCUUUGCCCAGGAGCUACUACAAUGGAAAUGCGUGGCUGAGUGUGAAUUGUCCCUGGACGAGAUCGCAUUUAAAGGAACCCCAUCCCUGGGACCCACCUACCUACAUCUCUACGAUCCUGUCAAUCCCAUGGUAUAUGUGGGUCGCCUUCUAAUGGAACUUCGAUCUGAGAUGCUGACGGAUUCCCAGCCCACCCACACGCUGGCCUCCAAGACGGUACCUGGCCUCGAUGAGAGCCGUUUCUGGCACGACGAUAUCUACUUGGUAGAGUUCCUUCCACUAAUGGGUCACCACAUCCAGGCCACGGCCAGUGCUUACAAAAUCUCCGCUCGAUUAGCUGAGCACAGUUCGAAUGUGUUAGAGGGUGUGUUAAGGACUUCGAUGGAUCGCUUCCGGUCUACCAUGCACUCGAAGAGCUUCCGACGGGAAACACCUUUCCGCUCCUGUAUGUUCCGUGUUCGCUUGCCGGACAAUCGGGCCAAGUACGAAAGUGAUUUCUUCAUGCUGGAUAUAGUCAACUACAUGCGCUCUGAGCUGGACACCUUUAAGGUCUUCCAGCUAAAGCAUCCCCUUCAGGACGAUGAGCAAGCCAAGUGCCUGAAGGCUAUUGUCCGAAAUAUUCUUAGGAGGAUUAAGGAGGGUCUAGAUGCUCAUCGUUUCGAUCACGAUGUGCAGCCACAGCGUACCACAUGGGACAUCAAUCGGCAGCUUUACCUCCUCGAUUACUUCGCCAAGUUGCCGCAAAAGCUGCAUCAACUAAAGCAGAGUUUGCGGAGCUGCUUUCUGGAGCAUUUGGACGCCUCCAUUGCGGAUGUGGCUAAUGAGUUGCAGCGUUUGGUGGCUGAAAUUGGAUCCCUUUCUAGUAUGGCUCGAAUGCAGGACGAGUGGCCGGAACUGGUACUUUCCUUCAGCGCAGGUGGUAGGGAUUUGGGAGUUUGUCGGUUAAACGCUAAGCUCUUUCUGUACCUGCAACACCAGAAUAAGGAGCAGAGUCAAGAGACCCUUUGCUGGCGUCUUAGGAGCUUUUCUUUUAAGGCCUUCGGGUGCACGCAUACCUGCCCCAAUUGCGGUUGCACCACAGCCAUAGUCUCAGGAUGCCUAUCAAUUGUUGUGGAACGGGAGCGAAAGGAGUUCCUUUCGGCUAUAAGUGAUGAUUGGAAUUGCGUCGAGCCGAUGCUGUGGCAGCCACAUCCCUCUCAGACUAACUUUCUGUGCCACGUUUAUGUCCAUCAGGCCAAAAUCCGUCCUGGUAGUGAAAAGAAAAGCGUCUGUGACUCCCACCUGAGAGUAUUGUUCGCCGAGCAGACCUGCGAAACUUACACAUCUCCUGGUACCCUGUCGCCCAUUUGGAAUGCUGUGAUUACAUUUAGCUGGUUGUCUCUGCCAGGCGGUGUUAGUCUAUACCUGAAGAAUCCACCUCUUCUCGCCUUGGAGUUCUACAACUCAGAACGAAGUCUCCCAGAAGAUCUAGUGGGUUUGGGAAGUCUGCCAAUGAGCGUUAUCAGCGAAGAUCGAUCCACCGAUUCCAGUUGGGAGGAUUCAGGCAGAUUGGGCUGGUAUAAGAAUCCUAUGCAGAAGCUACAGAAAUUGAAGCACCUAACCCCACCUCCACUUAAGUGGGUGCCAGUGACCAAGAAGGGCUCUGUUCAAGCUGAGGUAUUGAUGUCUGCGGAGCUCAUCGAGCUGUCUAUGGAACCAAGUAGUCAAGACAUGAACAAAGAGCCACAUCUGGCAACGGGCAUUCCAGUGGCCAUCAGACCUAAUAUGCAGAACUUUGUCUUAGAGGUCUUCUUUGUGGGUCUGCGGAACUACUCCAAAAGCAGCAUGAGUUCGGCUGGCAAACGGAAGAUCAAGGUGAUGAUGGGUGAUCUGGUCUUGGAAAGUGGACCUUCCACAGCGCGCGUCCGCAACAGCAUUAACUUCCUGGUGGCCUAUGCAUCGGGAGUGGUGAGCUUACCUGACCAGCAGGAUUACUGGCCAGCAAUCAUAGCCACGGAUGUCCUGCUUUCCGGCUACAGCAGCGAGUCUACCUUGGGAGCUGCACUCAUUCCCAAUUCCUCGAACUUCCUGCAACGUGACAGAACCCUUAAGUGUGUGUCCAAAAAAGAGCAGCCUUCUGGUGAUGUUUCCACUACGGUUAGCGUGGAUGACGCUGAUGAGGAUGAUGAACUGGAAUGGGAAGAGGAGGAUGCCAAACCGUCGAGGAUCAACAGCUGGUGGAUGCGACUGAUGUUUGCUUUGGGUCUGCGACCCGCUGCCUAUGCCAAUCGGAGGGCUUUAAGGUAUGCUGGUGAUCUGGAUGACAGCGAAUUGGUCGAAGAGCGAGAGUUCACCUGGUGGACCAAAUUCUAUAACUCUAUGUAUUGGACUGCAGCAGAGACUAGCCAUGAGAACAAACACCGUUUGGUCAUCUACCACGAGGAACUGGAGAAGCAGGCUCAGUUUGGUUACCUUCAAGACUGGGCAGUGCCUGUCCAGCUAGUUCAUGGUGUCAAGUUAAAGAAGCAAGGUCCUCCCAAAGAGGAUAUCUAUGCCACCUUGAAGCUGCAACUUAAGUUAACCCCUUGUCAGUGCUCGGUUCUCGAGGAUCAAGGAGGUGGUGGCGACAUGGCACGUCCAAUGGCGAAUCCUAUACACCCCCGAUAUCAGUCCACCCUCCAGGCACUGGGUGAGACCAUAAAACUAUUAGUUCGUGUCUAUAUAGUGCAGGGUGUCCAGAUGCGUCCUCGAGAUCUGAAAGGUAACUCCGAUUGCUAUGUGAAGUUGUUCCUGGGCGGCAAGAUGGUCUCCGAUAGAGCUCACUUCUCCCCCAAUCAUAGCAACCCAGUUUUUGGGCGCCUAUUCGAAAUGGAGGCUACGCUACCAGGAGAUCAUAUGCUGCAGAUCAUGGUAUAUGAUCACGAUAAAGUCAAGGAUGAGGUGAUUGGCCAGACAAAUAUCGAUCUGGAGGAUCGCUGGAGAACUAGGCAUCGUGCAACAGUGGGUUUGGCCAAUGAGUAUACAAGGAGUGGCUAUAACCACUGGCAUGACCUGAAACUGCCCUCGGAAAUCCUCAUAGAGCUCUGCCAACGAAGGGGCAUUCAGCCUCCCUACUAUUAUGGCAAUGUUAUUGAGGUGGAUGGGAUGCUUUUUGGAGAUGAGACUGUGAUCUCUAAAGAUGAGGAGCUGCAAGAGCGCCUAAGCUUGGCAGUGCUUAAGAAUAUGGAUAAAUUGCCGUCUUUUGGCUACAAACUGGUGCCGGAGCAUGUAGAGACACGCUCUCUAUGUCGAGAGGACUUUCCAAACGUAGAACAGGGUAAGCUCCAGCUGUGGAUAGAGCUGUUCGAGGCCAAUAUCUAUGUCCCCAAUCCCAUUGACAUAACCCCAGUACCGCCCUCUGAUUUUGAGGUGCGUGUUGUGGUCAAGAAUCUGGCUGGCAUCCAAAUGGGGGACAAAAAUGUUUUCGGCAAACUAAUGAGCGACAUCUAUGUGAUAGGCUGGUGCGAGGAUGAGGACAAGCGGCAAACGACCGAUAUCCAUUACCGCUCAUUUGCCGGAGAUGCGGCAUUUAAUUGGCGCAUGGUCUUCGACAUGAAGUAUUCCCCCAACGAGGACCUGAUGGUUAUCCGCCGGAAAGCGGGGUUGCUGGAGGAGAUUGAAUUUAAGAAGCUUCCGAUUAUCUAUCUACAAGUCUGGGACAAGGAUGUGCUGUCCAAGGAUGAGUACCUGGCUGCUCUUGAGCUGAAUCUUUCCAAUAUGUAUGCCCCGUAUCCAAAUGAACUCUUAUGUAAGCCUUAUCCCAAGAAGAGGAAGCGCAUCAAUCUUUUCAAGCGCAAGGUCAUCAACGGUUGGUUUCCACUGGAAAAUAAUAAUAAACCUUCGCAAAUUCGUUCUAAAACUAAAGUUCAAACGGGGAAAAUGCAGCUGAACAUUGAAAUAUGCACAGGUGUGGAGGCUGCAAACCGGCCGGCUGGCCGUGGCCAAGACCCGCCAAUGGCCUUGGAGCCUCCCUUCCGGCCGGACACCUCUUUCAAUCCACUGACGAAUCCCUGCAAGUCUUUCCGGCACAUCCUCUGGCCCGCCAUUAGAAAGUAUGUUCUUUGGAGUCUUCUCAUUCUGAUCGUUAUCCUGGGAUUGGUACUUUUCUUUUCCAAUCUUCCCGGCAAACUUAUGGCCAUUCCCCUUGAGUGAUGUUAUACUUUUUGUUUUUGUUUCUUUUAUUGCUUUUUUCUGUUUAUUUGGUUGAUAAAUUUAAUUUUCUUUUCCC